AUGAUUAGGACCCUGCUGCUGUCCGCUUUGGUGGCUGGAGCCCUCAGUUGUGGGGUCCCCACUUACCCACCUUCUGUGACUAGAGUGGUUGGAGGUGAAGAAGCGACGCCCAACAGCUGGCCCUGGCAGGUCUCCCUGCAGUACAGCUCCAGUGGCAGUUGGCACCACACCUGCGGAGGGACCCUGAUAGCCAACAGCUGGGUCCUGACGGCUGCCCACUGCAUCAGGUUUUCCCCAUCUGAAAAUGAAAGGUACGACAUUGCCCUGGUCAAACUGGCUAACUCCGUCUCCCUCACCGACAAGAUCCAGCUGGCCUGCCUCCCAUCUGCUGGCACCAUUCUAACCAACAACUACCCCUGCUACGUCACGGGCUGGGGAAGGCUGCAGAGAAGAAUAAGUGUUGGCUCUUGUUGGAAUUAUGGUACCAUCUUGGGCUAUGACCGCAAGGGCUGGCUUCAGAGGACAGGGGACUCCGGCGGGCCGCUGAACUGUCAGGCAGCUGACGGCCGGUGGGAGGUGCAUGGCAUCAGCAGCUUUACCUGCAACUACUACCACAAGCCCUCCGUCUUCACACGGGUCUCCAAUUACAUCGACUGGAUCAAUUCAGUAACAACUGGACCAGCUUAA